GUGCCUGGUCCUUUCAUAGCAGCCCGCGGAAGUCUUGCUGGAGAGAGCUAGUUUUCUGGGCGACGGAGGAAUUCGUCGACAUUUUGCGGGGUGUUUCGUCACCGAGGUUCGCCGUCAAGUUGCAGAAACACAGGAAGACAGGUGUCAAGCACCAUUCAGGAGUGCAGCAUGGAGAAGCGGCACAUGGAGACCCUGCAGAGCUGCAGCGUGGAUCUACAGAAACAGUUAGAGGUGGACGAGACUUUGCUUCAGCAUCUAAAGUCCAAUAAGAUACUCACCGAUCCACAGGCAGAGAGAAUCAUGGCAAAGGACACUUCCUUCGGACGGGCGUGGUAUCUGCUGCUGCUCCUUCCCAAACGGGGGCCGAAUGCUUUCAACAUGUUCUGCCGGGCCCUAAAGGAAACGGAUCAGGAUCAUCUGUGCGACAUGCUCAUGCAGCACCUGGAAGGCACCAACCCAGAGAUGAGUUACAGUGACUCGUCGUGCCGUCUCUCAGUGGAGGAGGUCGUCCCUGUCAAAAGAAUGAGGUUUCAAGAAUCGAUGGAAUGCAGCCUUGAUACGGACAGUCCCAUCACCACUCCUGUGGUGGCCUGUGAGAAAAGCUUCUACAACUCUCACCACCAGAAGUCUUACAAAAUGACAUCGUCUCCACGUGGCAAAGCCUUAGUGAUAAGCAAUGUCACUUUUGAUGGCAGCAAGAAUUCAGAACUUGGGCAGAGAAAGGGAGGCGAGGUUGACGAGGAGGUUCUCAGCCAGCUUUUUGCAGAUCUGGACUACGAAGUCAGAGUCUGCAAGAACCUCACUGCCGAGGGCAUCCGUGACUGCAUCGAGCAUUUCCGAUCUCAGCCCGACCACCGCAGAAUGGACAGCUGCGUGGUGUGUCUGCUGUCUCAUGGAGUGGACGGAGCUAUAUAUGGCAGCGAUGGAGGACUCUUGGCGCUGGACUGGGUGUUCAAGGCCUUCGACAACCGUCACUGUCCGCUGCUGCAGAACAAACCCAAGAUGUUCUUCAUCCAAGCCUGCAGAGGAGAGGAGACGGACUGUGGCGUGGAGCAGAUUGACGGCCCGGAGAGGACCCGUUCGCCCAGCUGUGAGCAGAGGGAUGCCGGCAGGGAGGAUGCUCGCACUAGACAGAGCGACGACUUGGAGAGGCCCAGACUAAAACUUCCGCAGCGCUCAGAUAUGAUCUGUGGCUUUGCUUCUCUUAAAGGUCAGAUGAUGUGCACGGCAGCCAUGCGGAACACAAAGAGAGGAUCCUGGUACAUUCAGGAACUUAACGAAAUGCUCCGCCUCCACGCCAAAGACAUGCACCUUGCAGACAUCCUGGUGCAGGUCAACAGGCGGAUCAAGGACAGAGAGGGCUUCGCCCCCGGCACCCCCAACCACCGCUGCAAAGAAAUGUCAGAGUUCACCAGCUCGCUGUGCAAGGACCUCUACUUUUUCCCCAAGCACUGAUGGGCACUUCAGGAAACUUGGUUGAACUCACACACUUCACAUUCCCACUGCCUUGAAACAGGAAACGUUGUGCCAGUUCAUGUAUUUGUACAUGGAUCUAUUUUGUUUUUUAUAUGCCACCUGCCUGGGUGUUUUCUAGUGAGUAACCAGCAGGGGCCAGUGUUGUGCGAGUGACAUAAUGCUGCAGGGAUGAGCAGCUUCUAUUUCUCCAGCUGCCAAGAGUUUAUAUCGGAAUAUUACUUUGGUAUUUCCUUGCAAUCGAGUGUGGCACUAAGGUAUUGAACAGCUGUUGUCUGACUUGCUUUCCAAAGGAAGAACAUUGCCAAAAUAGAGUAUUCAUCGCCAACGUAAUUCCAGUUUUCCCACAUUCCUGGCCAGAAGUUAAGGAGCACUCAUUUUAAUUUUCUACUGGCGUACAUGUACAUUUUUUAAAUGAGUUGAAGUAUUCUCGGGCCGAAAUUCCAGUUUUGGAUGCUAGCUAGUUUGUGCACAUUCCUCUGAUCCUGAAUUUUCAGCUAGAGAUCAGGACUGUUUCCACUACUUCUAAAACUGUGUUAGAGCUUUUGUCUGACCUUUCCAAUGUGUUUGUCUUUCAUAGUGCUGGUUCAUUGCAUAGACAGUGGCCAGUGUCUUCGUUUCCUGACUGUACCUAUGAUUUCCUUUUGCACCUUUGCGAGCCUUUGCACCAAAUAUACAACUCUGCCCUGCUAGCUCCGAUGAAACCAGGAUGAGUUGGUGGUCGUAAACUUAUGGUAAUUUUUUAAAAUGACUCCUGCUGUUGUGCAUUUACAAAAAACUGUUUUCACCAGCAACACAGCGCACCAGUGUAUUUCAGUAACGGUAACAAGUGUUUUGGCGUUCUAUUGUUGGAGAACAGUUUUCUAUGAGCUGCUUCAGCAUGAAAAAGUUAGCAUUAUGCACGCCUUUGUGCGCUCAGGUGCGCCCUCUUGUGGAACCCUCCAGUCACCCAUUCAACACAGACGAUAACAGCCAGGUCCGGGUGGCUCAUGGUGCUAGGGUCCAGGGUCAAAACACAUCCAGUAUGAGCUUCUACAACAAACCUUGCUCCUUGCUCUGAUAUUUAUGCCUCUUUAAAGUCUUCCAGAGAGUGUCAAGGACUUUCUAAACCAUGCUGUUUUUGCCUCCCACCGACGUUUCUUCCAAGAAAUCCAUUGCUCAACAUUGUGCAGGUAUUGAUGUUUCCCCGGAAUCAGCUAUUUCAGCAUGAUAACAGUGCAGCACAGUGAGAGGGGGGAAACUAUUGGUUUGCAAACAAGAUGGAGAUUUUUGUUUGUUUUGUUUUUAGGGAGGAAACUUGGCCCCGCAAUACUGACGUCACAUGAAAUGCAUUGAAAUAUGAGCUAUUUAGUUCAUCAAUUGUUUUCUAGAAAACAAGAGAAAUGACAAUCUACUUUUUCAUGUGUUUGAAAGGUUUUAUUUCCCCAAUGACCAAAAUGUCAGAAGUAGUAUCUGAAUGUUUUGCUCUGUAUUCAUGAGGUAUCUUAACCUCACAACAGUUUAUGUUGAAAACUGCCAUUUCUUUACGCCAAAAAUGUCUCUGUAUACAGUAAGUUUCCUAAUAAUCAUCUGACACUUGUUUUUUUAUUGAUAGAACUAGUGACAAUUUUACUGCGAGUAAAAAAUAAUAGGUCCAACAUUUUAAAUGUACAUCUGCCUUUCCUUAAAUAAAUAAGUCGUUUACGAGUACAAAAAAAGUUAAUUUCAAUAAUUUUUUUUCAUACGAAACAGGAGUCAAUUAUUUUUAGACAGUGUUUCUAGCUUUUUGUUUAAAUAUUUUGUCAGUUAGAGGAAGUAAACCAGAUGCAUGUUAUUUAAGUGAGCAACAAUAUGGUUCAAAAAUCAGUUUGUUUUUUUUUAACUGUUCCGUUUCAUUUAUCAUCAUUAAAAACACCGCCAAUCAUAAACAUCUUUUGUUUGUUGGUUCAUUGGUAGAAGGAAUUCGAUUUUGGUCAUUUGGAUUUACAUAUUUGGAUAAAUUGACUGAAUAAAAUGCAACAUACAAUCACUGGAAUAAAUCCACUUUCAUGAGACAAUGGUAACAAAAUGUGUUGCGUUCAUUCUACCCUGUUUUAAGAUGAGUAAAGACUUACCAGGACUCCGGUAUAAUGUGGAGCAAACUGCCAUUGUGUCAUGGCUUGAGACCAGCAAACAAUUUGUACAUUUUAUUAUUUUGCAAUGAGCCAAUACAAUUUUUAGUCAUGGAAGUUGUUAUAUUCAUUUUAGUAUGCUGUGUUUUACUGACAGGAUAAUGGUGGAGCUAUCCACUGUUUCAGUACCUUUCUACUUUUCUAUUUUUGGUGCUGACAAAUGUUGUGACUACACACAUCUCAGGAGGAGAUUUUAAUCUCACGUGACUUCAAACUGGACCAGCUACAACUUUCCUAAAAAGCUUUUAUAAAUGGACGCGUUUUUGCUGGCUAUGAAAAGAGCCAAGUCCUUGAGGGGCUAAUUUCGGAUUAAAAAAAAAAAAAACGACAUUGGGGUGUUAUUAAAGGCUGCUGUGAAGGUUACAUGCUCCCAGGCUCUGCUGAGGUGCUUUGGCAGAGGGGUGUUAUUUCUGUCUUGCUGAUGUUUGCCAAAUGUUCUUCACAAUAAACAAAU